AUGGAUGGCAGCCGGGAUGAAGCUGUACGUCAGCGGAAAGUGGGUGAUCGCGCGUCGUCUCUGCCGCGGCAGCAGAAGGCGGACGUUCGAGCGACCUCGGACGACAGCGAAGCGGAUGCGUACAUUGACGGUGAAAGUGACUGUGGUGAUUCGCUUGGAUGGCUUGGAUGUUAUGCACUGCUUUGGAAAGCACAUGCUCCCGGGUCACAGUUUGUGGCGUAUGAGUAUGAAUUUUUCAGGAUCUCGCAGCUGACCAAGGAUUUGCCGCAGGGUUCCGACCAGGUGGCUGCAUUCAUCGAUCCUCUCCUCUCGCCCCUGCCACCAAGAUGGCGCAACUGGAUUGUGCGUGGCAUCUUCUCGAUCAUAAUGGUGUCGCUGUUCGUUCUGAUCGUCAUGAUGGGGCCAACUUGGCUGAUGGCAUUGGUAUUUGUUAUCCAGUUCUGGUGCUUCCAUGAAAUUAUAACGAUCGGUUUGGCCGUCUAUCGCCUCUAUUCGUUACCGUGGUUUCGCGCACUCUCUUGGUAUUUCUUGCUGUCAUCAAACUACUUUUUCUUUGGCGAAAGUCUCAUUGACUACUGGGCUAUUUUGCUGAGAAAAGAUCAAUUUCUUCACUUCCUGGUGGCGCACCAUCGGCUGAUCAGCUUUACACUGUACUGUAUUGGAUUCGUAUGGUUUGUUCUGUCGCUGCGCAAAUCAUAUUACAUGCGUCAGUUCUCACUGUUUGCUUGGUCACAUGUCACUUUGCUUUUGAUUGUGUCACAGUCGUUUCUUAUCAUCCAGAACAUCUUCCAGGGACUGGUCUGGUAG